AGGCAGCCGUGUGCGUCACAUUGUGUGACCUCAGACUUUCGGGGUAUUUUUGUGAUCGAGACAGUGGCUGGCGGCGCCAUAUUGAAAGAAGACAAUUGUUUCAUAAAACGCUCAAACGGUCAAAUUCAGCGCCAUGUUGUACCUUGAGGAUUAUCUCGAGAUGAUCGAGCAGCUUCCCAUGGACCUCCGCGACAGGUUUACGGAAAUGAGGGAGAUGGACCUGCAGGUUCAGAACGCCACAGAUCAGCUGGAGCAGAAGGUGAUUGAGUUCUUCGUCAACGCCAAGAAGAACAAACCGGAGUGGAGAGAAGAGCAGAUGGAGGUCAUUAAAAAGGAUUAUUACAAAGCUCUGGAAGAUGCAGAUGAGAAAGUGCAGCUGGCCAAUCAGAUUUAUGAUCUGGUGGACCGGCACCUGCGUAAACUGGACCAGGAGCUGGCCAAGUUUAAGAUGGAGCUGGAGGCCGAUAACGCCGGCAUCACCGAGAUCCUGGAGAGACGAUCUUUAGAGAUGGACAGUCCGUCUCAGCCGGUCAACAACCAUCACGUCCACUCUCACACCACAGCUGAGAAGAGGAAGUACAGCGCUCCGACUCACCACACCACAGAACACGUUCCAGAGAAGAAGUUCAAGUCCGAAGCUCUGCUGUCCACGCUCACAUCCGACGCCUCCAAGGAGAACACACCAGGUUGCCGUACCAACAGCACGUCCUCGUCCACCAACAACGUGUACAGCGUGAACUCGUCUCAGCCUCUGGCCUCCUACAACCUGAGCUCUCUGCCGGCGGGGCCUGGGGCCGGAGCCGGGGCCAUCACCAUGGCUGCUGCCCAGGCUGUCCAGGCCACAGCACAGAUGAAGGAGGGCCGCAGGACGUCCAGUCUGAAGGCCAGCUACGAGGCCAUCAAGAACAACGACUUCCAGCUGGGCAGAGAGUUCGCUCUGUCUCGGGACAACACUGGGUACUCCUCCUCUGCUCUGGCCUCCACCCUCACCCAGACCCUCACCCCCACCACUGCCUCUGACUCCAGGGGGCGCAAGUCCAAAAGCAGCAUCAAGUCUUCCAACCAUCAGUCGUCCUCAUCGUCCUCCUCUUCCUCUCUGUCGUCCUGCUCGUCCUCUUCAGCGUUGGCCCAGGAGCUUUCCCAGCAGGCGUCGGCGCUGCCAGAGGCCGAGGCCAACAGCCAGGUGGACUGGACCUACGACCCCAACGAGCCUCGAUACUGUAUCUGUAACCAGGUGUCUUAUGGAGAGAUGGUCGGCUGUGACAACACAGACUGUCCCAUCGAGUGGUUCCACUACGGCUGCGUGGGUCUGACCGAGGCUCCGAAGGGGAAGUGGUACUGUCCUCAGUGUACGGCCGCCAUGAAGAGGAGAGGCAGCCGCCACAAAUAGACUCCGCGCCGUCUGUCGGCCAUGUUGGAUUUUUAACCUUUGCGUCGCCCUCGUAAAGUACAACGAACCAACACAGUGCAGAGGUCAACACGACGCUUCCACCACGCUGAGACGAAUCAAACACUUAGUGACAACAGAAAUUACAAACCUGGAUUAAAACACAAGAAGAUUUAAAUAAUUCAUCUCUUAACUCAGAAAACUUCGUCAUCAUCAUCUUCAUCAUCGUCGUCCUGCGAACACCAGAACACAUCACUUCUGUUUGUUUCCUCUUUAUACAUUAAAUUCAGACUUUAUUAAUCCUGACUUCAAGCUGAAGUCUGAGUUAAUCUCACACCUGAGCUGAGAUGUGACCUCAUGUUUUCUCGUCAUAACUCACAAACUGUCCUGUGGUGUUGAUCUGGAUCAGAACACACAGCCAUCGUCAUCUGCAGUCCAGCUUUCACUGUGAACAUGUUCAGAAACGGACAGAAAGAAGAAACUCGGACACAAAAUGGUCCCCGGCCUCACAGAGCUGAUGUGAACAGACGAGAGGUCAGAGGUCGAGCUGUCGGGUGUAAAGAUAGUUUAACUGGAGCAAGACGUGACACCUACCGUCCCAAUAAGAACCGAGCAGGACGUCGGACAUCUGAAUUCUUGGACUUACUGUGACAAACAUGUAAAACACUCACUUUUUCUCGAAUCUUACAGUCGAGAGUAAAACCUCUGACCCGACACACAGUGUGCUGUAGUGUUUCCCACGAGGCUGCGCUCCUCUUCUCUGUUGGAACUUAAAGAACUACAAACAGGAUCAGCUGUUGGACUACAACUACAGAAGCCUGAUGGACUCAAUCCACAUCUAACCAGACGGAGCAGAUUUUCUUCUCUGACCUCCUGAAACUGAACCGAACAAAGUCAAAGAUCUAACCUGACUCUGUGUGUGUGUGUGUGUGUGUGUGAGACUACGUGUUAGUGUGUGUGAUUGUAACUACGUGUGUGUGUUUGUGUGUGUGUCCAGUCACUCUGCACUGACGCUGUGUGUGUUUUGGGAUGUUUCAACAGAUAGUCAAUAAAAAGAUGUUUUUGUAUUUUCUGAGCUUCAGUUGGAUUUUUGUUCAUUGUCACUGAUUAAAACCACAGAAGAAGAAAAUAAUCAGA